AUGCCACGACCGUCGAGGGACACAUACGGCGACCAGAAGCCACCUUAUUCUUAUAUUUCCCUGACCGCGAUGGCGAUUUGGUCGUCGAGGGACAAGAUGCUGCCGCUCGCUGAGAUCUACAAGUUCAUCGCGGAUCGGUUCCCCUACUACCGGAAGGACACACGGAGAUGGCAGAAUUCACUGAGGCACAAUCUGUCGUUCAACGACUGCUUCAUCAAGGUCCCACGUGGUCCCCACCGGCCCGGCAAAGGCGCCUACUGGGCUCUGCACCCGGCCGCGCUCUCGAUGUUCGAGAACGGCUCGUUGCUCCGUCGUCGGAAGCGUUUCAAGCUUCACAAACCGGACAAGGAGCUUCUGAAGUCUGAACUACAAGCCCUGGCCUCGGCUAUGCCGCCGCCCCACUCGGAAUCAUCCCCGGUGCUCACCAUAAACCCAAGUGUCCAGACGAGCAGCCUAACUGUAGCGAACCUUCAUCGUCUUCGGGACGAUCUUCUCCGCUGGGAGCUACAGGAACGUCGUCUGACCAUGACCUCCAGUGGCAACAGUUCGCCAGGCUUCGCAGCGCCCGAGCCUGGGUCCAGUUACUACCUCCUCUCGCCAGAGGUGCGACAGAGACUGACUGGGACUGAUGAGAUCCUCCGUGGAUACGAGAACAACCUCCUUCAGACUGGGAACUGGAGCUUCCCUGGGUUCCAGGUGUCCCCAUAUGUCUCCCAGCUGUCGUACUUCCAGACAGAGCUACCUGACAGACAGAUCUGUCCAGGGUCCACGGAACCAGGUGGCGAGAAAACCGAGUCCAGACCGUUUCUGGACGUCCCCAGAAGCUCCAGCGUGGAGGUCUCCGAUGGGAAACUUGGGUCCCAUGUGGCGAUGGACGCUGUCACCCAUGGGCAGACCAGCAUCCAACCGGAGCAGAAGAAGAAGAAGAAACCGUUCACUAUAGAGAAUAUCAUUGCGCCCGACGAGGAACAGAUAUCGAGGAAUCUGGAGGACGGGAAAAGGGGACAUCUUCUUGCGCCCAGGCCACUGUACGCUGGGGGAUUCUCGUUUGGGCUGUCCGCUGCGAAGGUCCCCUAUGAAACUGCGACCUGA